AUGCGGUUAACAGCCGUACUGUCAAUGGCUGCUAAGGCUACCUUCCCUAAAGACUACAGCUACGGCACAAGUUGGCCUUGGACAAUAGCAACCAAGAGAUUGAACCCACCAUGCAAGAAGAGAAGAAAUGCGUUCAUAGAGCCCAUAGAUUACGAGGACUGGUCUGUUUUCACAGGGGACACAACGGACACCAGUCCGGAGGACACACUGGAUAAGACUUACACGCCCUCCCUCAAGACUCUGAAGGAGGAGGCGAUGGAAAAGACUUACCCGCCCUCCCUCAAGACUCUGAAGGAGGAGGCGAUGGAGAAGACUUACCCGCCCUCCCUCAAGACUCUGGAGGAGGAGGCGAUGGAGAAGAAUUAUCCGCCCUCCCUCAAGACUCUGAAGGAGGAGGAGGAGGCGAUGGAGAAGACCUACCAGCCCUCCCUCAAGACUCUGAAGGAGGAGGCGAUGGAGAAGACUUACCCGCCCUCCCUCAAGACUCUGAAGGAGGAGGCGAUGGAGAAGCUGGGCAUCGAAGAGCCCAAGAGGAACCGGAAGACUUACUGGUACUGA